ACAGAUUGAGAUCAAGCACUGCCACAGGUCAUGACAAAAACACGAAUGCGGGGAUUUAACAGUGUGUAAUACUGUUAGUAGCACAGCGUUGUAUAAAUUGUUUUCUUCAGGUUUAAAAAAAUGUCUGAAUUCAGCCAAAAUUCUGAGCGGGAAGUCAGAAUCGAGGACAUUGAUGAAGAUGAAAUCUUAGGAAACUUAUCCCCUGAAGAGCUGAGGGAGCUCCAGUGUGAAAUGGAAGUCAUGGCUCCAGACCCAAGAGUCCCAGUUGGAAUGAUACAGAAAGAUCAGACUGAAAAACCUCCAACAGGAAACUUUGACCACAGAUCUCUUGUUGAUUACCUGUAUUGGCAGAAGGCAUCAAGACGCAUGCUAGAGGACGAGAGAGUUCCCGUCAACCUCUUGCCAUCUGAGAGAAACAUUGCAGAGAAGUUUGAAGAAAAUGCUGGGGAUAUGGACGAUAUUGCUAAGAAAAAAAUGGCAGAAGAUACUACAGAAGCAGACAGAAAAGAAACAUAUUACAAAAACGAACAUGUCGAACAGGCCAAACCUGGUUCAGCACAACAAUCAGGAGAAACAAAUGAAGAGAGAAGCUAUAAAGAGACAGAAGAUGAGGAGGAGGAGGAGGAGGAGGAGGACGACGACGACGACGACAACGAGGAGGAGGAGGAGGAGGAUGAUGAUGAUGAUGAUGAAGAAUCAAGAAUGAAGAAGCCAUAUGGAGAUGAAAACAUCAACAGUGAUCAGGUAACUAAGAAGCCAUGUACAAAAUCAGGGGGAAAUCCAGAAAACCAAGAAAACAAUGAAAAGAAAGUAUCAAAACUACAAAUUCCAAAGAAGUUAGCUAUAGAUACUAGCUUUAUUAAGUUAAGUGCAAGACCUUCAGGAAACCAAACCAAUUUAGAUGAGAACUUGCAGAAGGUCCGGAAAAACGAUCCAGAUGUGAAGGAACUCAAUCUGAACAACAUUGAAAACAUCCCAAAGGAAAUGCUGGUGGACUUUGUGAACGCCAUGAAAAAAAAUAAGCAUGUAAAAACAUUUAGUUUAGCCAAUGUGGGAGCUGAUGACAACGUAGCUUUUGCUGUGGCCAACAUGUUACGUGAAAACAGGAGCAUCACUACUCUAAAUAUUGAUUCAAAUUUUAUCUCAGGCAAGGGAAUUGUUGCAAUCAUGAGAUGUCUGCAGUAUAAUGAGACGUUAACUGAACUGCGUUUUCACAAUCAGAGGAACAUGUUGGGCCAUCAAGCUGAAAUGGAAAUUGCCAGGCUUCUGAAAGCCAACCCUAAGCUGCUGAAGAUGGGCUAUCACUUUGAACUUCCAGGCCCCAGGAUGGUUGUUACCAAUCUGCUCAGCAGAAACCUUGACAGACAAAGACAAAAAAGGCAGGAGGAGCAAAAACAGCAGCAAUUAAAAGAGCAGAGAGAGUUAAUAGCCAUGUUAGAAAAUGGACUAGGGUUGCCUCCUGGGAUUUGGGAAAUGCUAGGGGGACCAAUGCCUGAUUCAAGGAUGUAUAGCUCAAUACAAGCCCCCAAGCCUCCACCUGUCCCUAAAACUAUGCCCAUGAGCAGGAAAAAUGAACAUGCAAGAAAGCCAGCCCCAGAAGAAAAGAGCAGUGAGGAACCUGCCUCCUUCAAAAUGGUCAAACUCAAGAGAACUCAGCGCAAGCCCACUAUACCAGAAUACGUAGAACCAGCUGAAAAAACAAGUCUCAAAGAUGUGAUCAAGACUCUCAAACCAGUUCCAAAAAAACGACCACCUCCUCUGGUUGAGAUAACCCCAAGAGAAAAGCUCUUAAAUGACAUUCGUCAGAGUAAUGUCGCCUAUCUUAAACCGGUGCCAGUGCCAAAAGAGCUAGAGUGAAACACCAGAGUCUCCUGAAAGAAACAACUUGAAAUAAAGACUAUUCAAGUUUCACUUACAAUGGUUUCAAAGGAUGCUUUCUUCAGAAGCCGAGGGGUAGAUACGAACACGUGGGAACAAUGCUUGUAAUAUGCAGUCUGUUGAUACGAUGAUGAAAAAGGGUGGAAUGGAACAAGUCAAUGCGAAAAGAAUUUCCAUCAGCCAUUAAGUAACCAUGAUGCCCUGGUAUAAUCUCUGUCUUCCAGUUGGAUUCUAAUCUCCAGUUUGUCCAGAGGUAUUUGCCCAGCAACAGCAAUAACUUAACAGGUUUUACAGAUUCAGUCAAUGAACUCUAUUGCUUACAUGGUACUUUCUUCUGUUAAAUUCUCCUGCAACACAUAGUGCCCUAUUGUGACUUUCCUUUUUCACACUGUUGUAUGCCAUUGCCUUUUUUUUUUAAACUAAGAACACGUGAUUUCUAUCUACACAACUUAUAUUUUCAGUCCAGAAUUUUCAUUUUUAGACUGAGGAAACAUUACACACACAAAAAGAGCAAAAAUGCCCUGUCUAGGAGAGAGCACAGUGUGCAUUUCUUCCAUGACAAACUGCAGUAGUUCUGAGAACAAAAUGGCUGCCAUCUCUGCAAACAGGCAGAGUUGUUAGAAACUUAAAGGCACAGUACACAGGAAAAAAAAGAAAGUCGUAACAGUUUCAAACUUCAUACUCCAUAGAAUGUGUUCUGGCAAGUAUUCUGUCUGGUUAGCAUUUAAAACAUGAAACCAUGAGCUGUAUUGGGAGCUGUGCGAUCAUUGUUCUCCUGGCAGAUUCUCUCUGUCCUUGCUAUAACCCUGAACUGUUUCACCACUCCCAUGCUUCAAGCCACACAUUGCAGUCACCUUCUGAGAAUAGAACCGGACUGUUUCAGAUGUCCUUCAGUACUCCUGAUUAACUGGCCACAGUUGCUGCUACUGAGUAUUGUUGAGCCCUUGCCCUCUUCCCUCUGCUUGGGACUCAAACUGCCUGCCAGUUUGAGGAAGGAACUGAAUGUCUCGCUUGCAUGGCGAGGCCAGUGCAGAGCUCUAGAUGGAGGUAACUGCACUCACCCAUCCUCGCACAACUUAACCAUUUUGAAAUAUUCCGAUGGGGAAAAAUGUUUUAAAUGGUCAAAGAGACUAAGCGUGUGAAAUCCCCCUGAGUUUCUCCUAUCUUUAAGGAAUCUCUCUUUUCUGGAUGCUUGCCCUUUGCUACCAGGCAUGCUGUUGUAUACCCCCUACUUCAGUCUGUUUGUACCAGCCUAUCCAUUCUCUCUCUCUUGUUGGUUACUCUCUCUGCUUGAUUCCCUAUCUGCCAACUCUCCUCUUGCUCCCCUCAAAAUUUCACUCCACGCAAACCAGCCUCACCAAGUCCAUUAAUGGCCUACUCUGCCUCUCGUAGCUAAGACACAGGGCUGGGUCUUGCUCUUUAUUCCCUUCUUGGUCUGCCUACUACUGCUGCUCGGUUCCUCCUCUUCUUGUCUGCAUGUCCUUGGCCAUUCAAUGAUCUGACUUCUUUCUGCCGCUCCUUUGGUUUCUCCUCAUCCUUCCCUUCUUGCUCAAUAUCACCAAAGCUCUACAAAAUCUUCUGCCUGCCAGCUUGCAUUUCUCUUACACAAUCCAUACUCCCUUCCCAAACCGCUUUUCUCCUUCUCACAGCUUCAUAUCCUGCUGCUUCCACAUAGGGAACAGUUGCCUUCUUCAUGCCAUCAACCCUCUCCUUUCAAACCCACCUGUCCAACUUUGUUCAAGUCCCCUCCCCCUGCUGUCUGAUUCCCUUUCAGGCUCUUGGGAGGGAGGCACGUGCAGGCAGGGAGCUCAAUUUAUUGUUUAUAAAGGUACCAUAUGAAUUUACAGUACAAAGGGAUUUUUUAAACUAUGAUUCAACAUUGCUUGCACAAAUGUUGAGAGGAAAACCUAGUUUUACUUUAUUUCUCAUUUACAGCUGUCACAUGAAGAGAAUAUUCUAAGUGGGAUGUGCCAGUGUUGUUGUCUCUCUCUUCCAAUUGAACGACUAGCAGAAAAAGAAGCAUGGUCAGGAAGAGGUGGGAAGAGCCAAAGUGGCUUUGAGCCACUCUUAUUCAGCUCUGUUCCCAGAGCUGAUUCAGGACUCAGCCUAAGUUGAGCAGCUUUUCAAGGGUCCGUCUGGUGAAGGCGCACGCUUCCCUCCAUUGCCAGCCAGAGAGGGUGUGAGGGAUGACAGAGCUGCUGCAGUAACCCUAUGCCAUCAGCCGAUCCCUACAUGAAGGGAAUGCUCCCAGGGCCGGUUAAGGUGAUUUUAUGGCUGAUCAUUCUAGUGAAUCAGGCUCAUCAUGUUCAUGUAAAAUUUUCAGUGUGCUCCUAAUGUCUACACUGUGUAGUAACAAAGAGGGGGAAGCAAAUGAGCGAUAGGAGCUGCUCUGCACUCUCACAACGUGGAAGGGUGGCUAAGUGUUUGGAAGAAAAUGGGGCAACCCCAUCCCUUCCUUUGAGGGAAGGAAAAGCAAGCAAAAGCCCAUCACUACCUUAUGUGUAAUCACAGGUGGGACCAUAUGCUAAUAUGGCAUGCAGGCCACAUUCAGGCAGGAAUUGGCACCAUAGAUUAAAGAUGCAGAAGGGACCUAUAUGGAGAAGAGACUGGAACAUGCAUCUCAGUGGCAUCAACACAACCCUUGCUUGUGAGUGCAAGAGAGUUCAGGGGAAGGUGUGGCCAAAGGAAAGGUAGGUGGAAUCUAGGAAAGUGCCACACAAAAAUGGUGCCUUCUGAAAAGGCACAAAGGCAGGCUGCCAAAACAAGUUGGCUACUCUUCACAGCCAUCACUUCCUACUGUAAGAGAGGAAUGUGCAUCAGGAAAAGAUCCCAUCUCUCUCCCUGUCAGAAAGCAUGCAAAAGCAAACACCUGGAGGCUUACAGCAUUACCCCCAUUCAAGCCCUGCUCCACUGGAGGACUGGUUUGUUUCAGAGCAGACACUCCCUUACCAUUGAAGUUUAUCCACAUUGGACUGAGCCUCAUGGUAUGCAGAUCUGUUAGUGCCUUGUAGGUUUCUAGAGUUAGUGUGGUCAUGUCUGGUGUCAUGCUAUUUCACAGGGUUCAGGUCUGAAGGGUGGUUUUGGGGAUGUGGAUCACAUCAUGAUCCUUUUCCUUCAAUGAGUUAUACACACACACACACCAGCUACUUGCAGUCUCCUACCUCAACCCUAAUAGGAUUGCACUACUUUUUCCACGGCUUAUACCUCUGCAGACUUAUCUUCAAUAGGGUUGGAAAAAGGUAACUGAACCCAUCUCCCACUCUUUUCUGAUGGCCACUUAUAGUUCCUGCCAAGCAUAUUUUGGUGGGGCAUAGCUGCUUCUUAAAAAAAAAAAAAAAAUCCAACAAUACAUGCCUCACUCUUGCCUUCUGUACUUCAAGGUCCCAAUGGAUUCUGCUAAGGCCAGAAAUAGGAUCAAACUUCAAGGAUAAGGGGUUGCUCUAGGCUGUGUGCCCUACCCCCCACAAAACCCAGUAGCAGAUACUAACUGGGAUUAUUGUUAUUGUAAAGGUACAAACUUAUCUUGUACAGGAAGGUGUCCCCAUUUGCUUCAAUUUCCUUUGAAGACAUAUAGCAGUUUACCUCUUUCUAUUGCAGAAGCUGCAUGUGUACACAUACAAAUCAGGCUCCCCCCCGCUGCAUAUAGUGUACUGAUUUACUCCCACUUAGUUUGAGGUUUUGGAGAGGUGUUUUUAAGUUGGGAGGUGAAGGCAGAAGUCUUCUCCCUUCAAGCCAUAUCUAAAGUAGAAAUUUAGUUAAGUGGGGGUGGAAACUGAAAAUUAUUCAUAUAAGGUAGCUGUGCUCUGUAUAAGCACUUUGGAGUUUUUGUGCUAUUUGGUAUGCUAAAGGCUUUAAAAAAAAAAGUUGGACAUCCAAACACUGGAAAAUUUGGUUUAACAAAAAACAAAAACCAACUGUACACCACCCAGCUUGGUAAGCAUACCAUUUCUCAAAGUAGUCCAAAGAGGCAGCCCUCCCUACUCUCCUCCACCCAGAAACCCACUCACCUAAAAGGAUACAAAAUAUCCUUAGUGCUCUACUGCAAUGACUCACUAUGGCAUGUUCCAAAUCCAUUCCCUUUUUAAAAAGGAAAGACGACCCACAGUGCAUUGUGUUGUGCUUUUGUUAUAUGUAAAGUAGUGACCAUAGUUCAAAAACCAAAAAAGUUUCACUUAAACUGAAUCAUAUUAUUGUAGAGUAGUGUGAUCUUGAUUAAAGCUCACUUUUCUGCAUUAUGAUUAGUUAAAAAAAAACGAAAUAAAUGCACUCUGUUUUAACAAUGGUUAAACUUUAUUCUUCACAACUAAUUUUUAAAAUUCUACAAUGUAACCAUAUAUUCAUGAAGUCAUAGGCUAGUAUCUCUUCUGUAAGUGUAGCAAGAACUAAUCAUCAAAAGCUAAGACAAUGUACUAUAAUAAAGGAGCAGGUCAUUGCUUCUUACCCUGGAAUAUACACGUAAAGAAGCUUCUAAUAAAUACUGAUCACUCUGGAACAUUUGCAUGGAAUGAGGUGUUUAGACUCCAAAACAAUUCAUUUGGAAGAGACCCCAGGUGUGUGCGCACAUGCACACACAUGCGUCUAUACACAUGAACUUUGAAGAGGUUUUUGGGAUAUCUGCUGUACCUGCCAUAUAAAUCAAGUCAGUUACAGAUAAAUACUUCAUAAAAAAAAGGGAGGAGAGAUGCAAGACUGAUGGUUACACACUAUGUUAAUCUGCAUACGUUUUUCCAUGCAUAUGGUUUAGGUAGCACAGACUGCAGUCAAGCUGAAGUUUACUGAAGCUAUUUGUAACAAUAGCUCUUGAAAAUAAUUGCUUACAUUAAUUUGGAAAUGGUUUUAAGAACACGUAAUUUGUUUUUAUUUACAAGUCUGAAAUCUGGUCUUAUUUCCCUUGAAUAGAGCCACAAGUGGAAUAAAUUAGCAAGAUGUAUGUUUUAGCCAGUGUCUUCUUUAAACAGGAAGAGUCAGAGCACAAUUUGGACAAUGAGGUAAGUCCUAAAAUCUCAAGUGACAGUUUUAAAACAAAACAAAAAAAAAAAAACAAAAAAAAAAAAACACACACACAAAACCAAACCAAACCAGAACUCCAAA